AUGGCGCCAGCUAUAGCCACCAGCGCAACGCGGUUCAACCCCCAGAGACCUGCGACCUACUCGACAACCGCGUUGAAACGAUGGUCAUGCCUCAAUGAAGGCGUCCUUCCUUCCAUUCCCGAUAUCAAAGCGAUUCACGUCUACGACUUUGACAACACCCUCUUCCUAAGUCCUUUGCCUAACCCACAGUUGUGGAAUGGGCCUACAAUCGGCUUCCUGCAGUCAUAUGAAUGCUUUGCAAAGGGUGGCUGGUGGCAUGAUUCGAAUAUCCUCGGUUCAACAGGAGAUGGACUCGAAGUUGAAGAAGCCCGUGCUUGGGUAGGAUGGUGGAAUGAGCAGAUAGCCCAAUUGGUUCAACUGAGUAUGAAACAAAAAGAUGCCCUCACCGUUCUCCUCACCGGAAGGUCUGAGAGUGGAUUCGCCGAUCUUAUCGGGCGCAUGGUCAAGAGUAAACAAUUGACAUUUGAUCUGGUCUGUCUGAAGCCGGAGGUUGGCCCGAACAACCAACGCUUCGCUUCUACUAUGAAGUUUAAACAGAAUUUACUAGACGACCUAAUGCGUACGUAUAAAGAUGCAGAUGAAAUCCGAGUCUACGAAGACCGUGUAAAACAUGUUAAAGGCUUCCGCGACUUUUUUGAGCAGUUCAAUAAAGAUGCCCUGGCAGCUGGUCCAUCAGCUACCCGAAAGCCCAUCACGGCUGAAGUGAUCCAAGUGGCUGAGUUAGCUAAAUACUUGUCUCCGGUAACAGAGGCAGCCGAGAUACAACGGAUGGUCAACUCGCACAAUGCAUCACUAGGGUCUCCUGGUGCAAAUAUCACCAAAUCGCCAUAUGGCAGACUUGAGCUCUCAAAGACUACAUUCUACACGGGAUACAUUCUCUCAAACGCCGAUACUGCUCGGCUUAUAGAUAAUAUUUUCCUUCCACUAAUAUCAUCCAGCGUUGCUGACACGACUGAGAUCAAAUUCAUGUCGAAUAGUGUCUUGAUCACGCCGCGAUCAGCCCCUAAACCUAUACUUGAUAAGGUUGGCGGUCUUGGAAAGGUCGUCCGUUGGCGCGUCACAGGCACCGGGACGUAUGAGCACAAGCUAUGGGCUGCAAGAGUCAGUCCUCUUGAUAGCUCUGAGGUUAUCCACACUGAUAACCCAGAGCCUAUUAUUGUUCUUGGUAUGCGCAAGGGCGUGCGGCCAACAGAUGCAGGCAAAAUCCGUAACUGGAACCCAGUUACAAAGGAUGACUCUCUAGUAUUCGACACGGCAGUCGGAGAAAAAACCAUCCUGCGCGUGCAGGAAGAAGAUGUAGGACGGAACGGCAAUUCAAGCCGAGGUGGCAAGAGAAGAUUCCAGCCAGAUAACCGUGAGGAGGCAGAGUCCUCGUCGCCACGAGACUAUCGUGAUAGGCAGCAACGGCCACCAGCGCCUGAAUAUUCCGGCGGGAGACCUCAGAAUUAUCAUCGCCACUAUAAUGACGAAGGUAAUCGUCGCGGUAACGGACCCCAGCCAUCUUUCCGUGGAAACCGUGGUAGAGGCGGACGAGGUGGAAGGGGCGGUGGCCGAGGUCGCGGUCGUGGAGCCGGUGGAGGUGGUAGAGGAGACGGCCAUGCAUCACGAUAUAGGUCGUUAGAUGACCAUAACACCGGCGGUGGCGGUCACGAUACGAUGGACGACAGAGGCCCUGCCAGAGGACCUGGAGGUGGCCCUGUGAUGAACUACUAG